AUGUUUUUCUCACAAUUGCCCUCCCAUCUCGCCAAGGCAGAGGAGCUUAAGCAGCCCCCGCCAAAAGGCACACCUUACUCUGUCGGCAUUCCUGGCACCGAGCAGGAUGGUCGCAGCCGGGUUUACCGGGCAUGGAACUACCAGAAGGAACUCCUGAAGACUCUUGACCCUCAGGUCCUCACUGCCCAUGACAUGUUCGAGUCCACGGCCAACCGUCAACCUAAAAACCACUGCCUUGGCUGGCGCGCAUACAACUCGGCCACUAAGACCUACGAUCAAUAUCAAUGGAUCACAUACGAGCAGGUGCAGAAGCGCCGGGCGGAUUUCGGUGCCGGUCUCGUUGAGCUCCACCAGAAGCACAACGUGCACCGUGACGGCCAGUACGGUAUUGGUCUCUGGUGUCAAAACCGUCCCGAGUGGCAGAUCACUGAUCUGGCCUGCAUGUCCCAAGGCCUCUACUCAGUCUCCAUCUACGACGUCCUAGCUCCAGAUGCUACCGAGUAUAUCAUUAACCACGCUGAACUCAGCUGCGUCGUCACCUCCCUUCCUCACAUCCCAACUCUCCUUAAGUUGAAGGCAUCCAUGCCUGGUCUGAAGAUGAUUGUCUCUCUUGACCCGCUCGACGCCGGCGAGCAAGACGGCCACUCGAAGCGCGCUCUGCUCAACUCCAUCGCCGCCGGACUGGAUGUUUCUAUCUACACCAUCAGCGAGAACGCUGUCGCCGCUACCUCCGCCGGUCUGGCCACUAUCGGCCAGGCCAAGGGUGACACCAUGUGCUCUUACCUCCCCCUGGCACACAUCUACGCCCGUCUUGCCGAGCACACUGCCUUCUGGGGCGGUGCUCGCAUUGGCUACUUCCACGGCAACAUCAUCGAGCUGGUCGAUGAUCUGAAGCUCCUAAAGCCAACCGGCUUCAUGUCCGUCCCCCGUCUGUACAGCCGCUUCGGUACAGCCAUUCGUGCCGCCACCGUCGAGCAACCCGGUUUCAAGGGCGCACUGUCCCGCCACAUCGUCGCGACCAAGACAGCCAACCUAAAGAACCCCGACCCCUCCAAGGCCACAAUUUACCACGCUCUUUACGACCGUAUAUGGGCCAAGAAGGUCGCCUCCGCCCUCGGUCUCGAGCGAGCCAGAUAUAUGGUGUCCGGUUCAGCUCCCCUGGAUCCCACCUUGCACAACUUCCUGCGCGUCUCAACAGGCACCGACAUCCUGCAGGGCUACGGUCUAACCGAGUCCUACGCCUGCGGCACCGCGCAAUCAAGCGACGACCUAACAGCCGGAAACUGCGGCCACAUGGAGUACUCCGUCAACGACAAGCCCUACCCCCGCGGCGAACUCCUCAUGCGCGGCAACAACAUGUUCACCGAGUAUUUCAAGAACCCCGAAGAAACCUCCAAAGCCAUGACUGAAGACGGCUGGUUCCGAACCGGCGACGUGUGCCAAAUCGACGAAAUGGGCCGCUUCAUCAUCAUCGACCGACGCAAGAACGUGCUCAAACUGGCACAGGGAGAAUACAUCUCCCCGAGCGAUUGGAAGGCUAUGCAGACGUUCCUGGUUGGUAUCUUUGGCAUUGCGCCGGAUAUGUAUGCGCCCUUUGCUUCGAAGGUUCUUGGUAAGACGAUCGAUCAGUCCGAUCUGGAGGGUAUCAAGGCUACACUCUCUGAUGAGAAGAUUCGUCGUGCUGUGUUGAGGGAUUUGGAGCGUGUUGCGAAGAAGCAUAAGCUUGCGGGUUAUGAGCGUGUUAAGAAUGUUUCGUUGAAGUUGGAGCCUUUUACCGUUGAGAAUAAUCUUCUCACUCCGACUCUCAAGCUCAAGCGUCCUCCCACCGUCAAGCUUUACCGCCAACUCCUGGACCAACUCUACGAGAAGGCCCUGGAGGAGGAAUCUGCUCCUCGUGCCAAGCUGUAG